UGCUGAUGCUUCUCGCCGCGCUCGGCAGCCCCGGCCACAGCAGGAGGCAGAGGGGCCCGGCAGCACAUGUCUUGAGAAACAGCAAGGACCGCGCCACGCGUGGGCGCCGGCCGCGGUGUGGGCCAUGGCGAGCUCCGGCGAGGUUUUGGCACUCCAGGUCCUGCUCUGCUGCCUGUGCGGAGGUGUGGCAAACAUCAAGUGCUCAGGGCACGUCUGGAUCGAGCCGGCGCCGGUGGUGCGGAUGGGCUCCGACAUCUCCAUCAACUGCCUCUCCACCCUCGGCUGCCCCUGGGCCAAGUUCUUCAUCUUCCUCAACUACAGCCCCGCCGAGGGUCCCCUGCACCCCCUCAACAGCAGCACCGUCCAGCUCCGGCUGCGCGAUUUUCGGAUGCCCGUCGGGGCCGUCGCCUGUUUCGUCAGCUGCCCCAACACCCAGAGUCGCUGGCUGGUGUGCGGCGCCGACGUCCUGGCCGGCUACCCCCCGGACCCCCCCCGGAACCUGAGCUGCAGCAUCCACGAGCACUCGGGGCGGCUGGCGUGCAUGUGGGACGCGGGGCGACCCACCCACCUACGCACCCACUACGCCCUCCACCUGCGCAGCGCGGGGACGGUGGAUGGUGCUGAGGAGGAAGAGGAGGAGGAGGAGGAGGUUUUCCCCGCCGGCUCGCCGGUGCCGCUGAGCGCGCUGCGCGGCGGGACCCGCUACUCGGCGUGGGUGCAGGCCAGCAACGCGCUGGGCGCUGCCCGCUCGGCCCCUCGGCUCCUCGACCUGCGGGAGCUGGUGGUGCCCGCUUUGCCCCUGGCCGCCGGCGCUGAGACGACGGAGACGUCGCCUCCCACCACCACCGUCCUCUGGAGGAGGCAGACGCUGCUGGAGAACGUGCGCUGCGAGGAGCGGCACAAAGCCGCGGGCGCCUCGGCAUGGCAUGUGGAGGCGUGGGACGGUGCGGCACAGCACGGGCCCCGCUCGCGGCACGACCUGCAGAGCAACACCCGGUACGUGUUCCAGGCGAGGUGUCGGCUCAGCCCCACCGACAGCCCCUGGAGCGCCUGGACCCCCCCUUUUCUCUACACCACCCCCGAGGCAGCCCCUGCCGUGGCACCCGACGUCUGGCGGCGCCUGGGCCCGGCCUUCCCGAACGGCAGCCACGAGGUGACGGUCUUGAUCAAGCCCCUGCCGCCCCGAGAUGCCCGUGGGAGGAUCGUGGGCUACGCCGUGGUCGCCGAGAGCCCCGGGGGAACCCGGCUCCUCUGCAACACCUCCAGCACAUCCUGCAGCCUCCUGGUACCCCGGGGAACCCGCGCCCUCCGCGUCACCGCUCACAACUCCAAGGGGGCUUCCAGCCCCGCCAGCAUCCCGCUCGGCCGGGAUGCCGGUGGCCGGGAAGAGUUCCCAGCACCGGCGGCCCUGGAGGUCAAGGCUGAGAACCAGAGCAGGGUCUCGGUGGCCUGGCAACCCCCCCGCCGCAGCGGGAGGUCCCCACUCUGGUUCAUAGUGGAGUGGGUUUCCACCGCCCGGUAUAGCCAGGAGGAGCAAUAUUUUUGGAAGAAAGUCCCGUACCAAGAAACACACACGUACAUCCAAGAAGAGGCAAUAGCAGAAGGUCACAUCAAUGUGUCGGUAUACGCAGUCUACGCCGAUGGAGUCAGCAAACCAAGCUCUGGCCAAGUGCCUUCAGAGGACCAUCUCCUGGGCAGCACCUACAGCGAGAUCCCCCAUGACGAUGACAUCGGAGUUUUCCUGGGGCUGGGCGCCAGCGUGGUCAUAUUAUCGGUGGUUUUUGUAAUUCUGAUGCUUAAAAAAUCAGCCAGGAGAAGAUUUAAGGCCACUGUUGUAUCGCUCUUGCCAAAAUGGCUGUUUGAAGACUUUCCCCACAUGGAAAACAGCAACGUGGUAAAGUCACUCCAGGAAAAGAGUGAUUUCACGAGUAACAGUUUCCACGAGCCGUUCUUGGACACCAGUGACCCCACAGUUAUGGAAAUCGAGGAGGUGCCGGUGCACGAGGAGUGCAAGGACGUGGCCACCAAAAAGAAGCCCAGCAGAGAGGUCCCCGAGGACGGGGAGCGCCGGGGGAGCACAUCCCCUGCCAGCAUCGUGACCCCCGAGCAGAUCAGUGACUACAAACCUCAGGUGUCCGACGGGAACCCGCUGGGGUACGUCGCUGCCAAUAUUUACCAAACACAGCCCCCAGCACCCCUCCCAGAACCGGAGAUGAACGUCUUCUUCCGAGACUACACGAGCCCCAUUCCCCACCUGUGGGACGGGGAGGGAGGGGGGGACCCCGUCUGCCUGCUGAAGAAGAUCAACCUCAUCCUAAACAACAGCCGGAGCGGGCAAAGCCACGCGUUCGGCUCAGCUCAGGGGGGGCACGGGUCCCCCCCGGAGAGCCAGUGGGGACACGCGCUGGGCAGCGAUGCUCAAGAGCAAACGCUGGUCCCCGACGAGCUCGUCUCCUGCCUGAGAGCCACGAACGGGGAGUCGCUGGAUAUAAAGACCUGCUUCCCGCAAGGCAUCGGGAGGUUAUUUUGAGGGAAGUUGCAGCUGUGAUUAAAAAAACCCGAAGCGACGACCGCGGCACAGAUCAGCCUCUGAGAUUGCAAACAGCAGAACUGGAGCAAAACCCCACAUCUGACAUUUGCCCUCUUUCUUGACUACAAAUUCUUGUGGCUGCCUGGAACGCUUUGGCCAGUAAAUCAAACUGUUAAACUUACCUCAUACUGUCACAAGCAUAAAAACCAUAAAACUUGGAUUCCUGUAAGAACUGAAAUACAGAGCAGGUGAUUUUUGCAGAAUGUAAUAUGCUUCAAUUAUAAUUCAAAGUCAUUCUCUUGUUAAAUGCUUGGAGUAUCUCAACCCUGGAGCUGAUUGCAGUUAAGAUGGAUAAAAUGAUCCCUGAGACAUCCUGACUGAAUUGUGUAAAAUAUCUUGGGAUCAUUCCUAAUGAAAAGACACUACACCGGGGAGGAUUUCUAUAUCGUACAGCAGACAGGGGUACCAGGACCAAGAAAUCUUCUCUGUAUGACAGAAUAGCCCAAUUUCACAUUUUCCCUCCCAUUCAAUAAUAAAAACUACAUCAGGUAAGAGCAAGCCUUCGUCAUCUUCCAGGCUGAAUUAAAGUCUCUCUAAAUUGGUCACAGGGCAGAUUCUUUGUGUGUGUGAAGGAUUUAUCAUCUCCUCACAGCAGCUUGCCGGCCUCAGCCUCACGAAGCAGAACAUGGCACAGCGACAGAGCAUUUGUCUGGCACAUGACAGGGAAUUUUGGAUCUUAUGAAAUACAGAAAGUGAAAUACAGGAGUCUCCUUCUUGCUGAACGGUUGUGAAAUGAUUGAAAUUCUGCCUGGGACUGCAGAGGUGGUCUUGCAAAAUGCCUCUAAAGCAACCCGAAACUCCCUGGAAAUGCGAGAGGUUGGAUUACAAGGCGAUUUUUAAGGAAACGCUCCGGGUGUUUUUAAGGAAUACAGCCACAAAAGGUGUUCACGAUCCUCAAUUGCGCUCAACGCUCUUCGCAGGCUUUGCUCUGCCCGUCCUUCUCUCCUACCUUCGAGCCUCUCUUUACAAUAAGCAGCACGCAGAGCCCCUGAGCUCCAUACCUGUAGGUGUGAUUCCUGCUCACGGAGGAGCCUGCGUGGCUCACAGGGUGCUGGGGGGCUGAGCUGGCCGUGGGUAGGGCCGGGAAUAUUCGCAGGGAAUGUGUCCUGUAAGAAUGACGUUAACACCGGCGCAUUAAAAGCCAAAAGGAUCGUCUGGCUGGGCAUUA